GUAACUACUAACUGCCUAAAACAAACCGACAAAAAUCAGAGCGAGGCAAAGAAAAAUAGAGAGAAUCGUAAACGCACAGCGCAUUUUAGCAUCAACCGGGAAACAUGAGCUUCCUCUUUGGCAACCGAAAAACCCCAGCUGAGCUUCUGCGGGAAAAUAAGAGGAUGAUAGACAAGUCUAUCCGAGAAAUAGAAAGGGAAAGGCAAGGAUUACAGACACAAGAGAAAAAGCUGAUUGUAGAGAUAAAGAAAAACGCUAAACAAGGACAGAUGGGGGCUGUGAGAGUAAUGGCUAAAGACCUUAUUAGAACACGGCAUCAGGUGGAAAAGUUUUAUAAGCUUAAAUCACAACUCCAGGGCGUGUCAUUGAGAAUUCAGACUCUUAAAUCAACUCAAUCGAUGGGAGAGGCCAUGAAAGGUGUAACCAAGGCAAUGGGUCAGAUGAAUAGGCAGAUGAACCUGCCCUCACUGCAGAAAAUAAUGCUAGAGUUUGAGAGGCAGAAUGAAAAGAUGGAACUAACGACUGAGGUGAUGGGAGAUGCCAUUGAUGAUGCUUUGGAAGGGGAUGAAGAAGAGGAAGAAACAGAAGAGCUCGUGAAUCAGGUGCUUGAUGAGAUUGGAAUUGAUGUCAAUUCAGAGCUUAUGAAUGCACCCUCAACUUCUGUCGCUGCACCAGCUGCAACGAACAGGGUUGCCCAAGCUGAAUCAUUGGGAAAUGAAGACACUGGGAUUGAUAAUGAUUUACAGGCGAGGUUGGAUAAUUUAAGAAAAAUGUAAAUCUGGGCUAGGUAAGAAGAAGCUUCACUUAGGAAAGAUGUUAAUAAUCAGCUUUGUAACAUUGAAUCAAUGUUUGAAGUACAUAUCACAUCAUGGUGUUUUCUGGGCUUUUCCCCCCUUAAUUAAAUAUCUAUGUUUAAUGCUUAUGAUGAAA